AUGUCUUCUUCUCCCAGGUUGACCGCUGGUCUGUUUUAUGCUGGUAAAAUCCUUCUCUGCAUUGACUUCAUCGUGUUCUGUCUGCGUCUCAUGGCGAUCUUCACCAUCAGCAGAACUCUGGGCCCAAAGAUCAUCAUCGUCAAGAGGAUGAUGAAGCAGAUGUUCUUCUUCAUGUUCUUGCUGAGCAUCUGGGUGGUGGCCUAUGGCGUGGCCAAACAGGGGAUCCUGAUCCACAACGAAGACCGACUUGGGUGGAUCCUCCGGGGGGCGGUCUACGAGCCCUACCUCACCAUCUUUGGAGACGUGCCCAGCAACAUUGACAACACAGACUUCGACAUCACCUCCUGCAGUCUAGACGGCAGUGACCCUCUCAAACCGCGCUGUCCGGUGCUGACUGAGGACGACCUGCCGGCGUUCCCCGAGUGGCUGAUGAUCCUGAUGCUCUGUGUUUACCUGCUGUUUGCCAACAUCCUGCUGCUCAACCUGCUGAUCGCCAUCUUCAACUUCACCUUCCAGGAAGUGCAGGACAACACUGACCGUAUUUGGAAGUUCCAGAGAUACGAGUUGAUAAAGGAGUACCACAGCCGCCCGGUCGCCCCUCCCCCCUUCAUCCUCCUCAGUCACCUGUACCUCCUCCUGCGGCUCGUACUGAGGAGACCUGCCCCGGCCAGCACCGCCUUCAAACAAGAGCUGUCACAGUUGGAGGAGGAGGAGCUGCUGUCGUGGGAGGCCCUGAUGAAGGACCGGUACCUGAUGUCCCUGAAGCAGCAGCAGAUGCAGAGCACGGAGCAGAGGAUCACAGACACUGCUCUCAAAGUGUCCAGUCUGUGUGAGAGACAGGACCAAGAGGAAGACGGCAGCUCCAGACCUGUGGUCAGACGCCUGGUCCGACUGGAGGAGCAGGUCCUGCAGUCCGCCCGAGCUCUCCAGUGGAUCAUGGACAAUCUGAGACCAUCUGGGUUCAGACCCUCAGACGCUCCGUCACUGAAUCUCAUGCCUGAGGACUCAGUGGACGGUGUCUCCAACACUGCAGACAGAGAGGAGGUGUUCCACGUGAUGGCGCGGGAGCUCCAGUACCCGGGGAGCCGGGUCACACGCUUCCCUGUCCCAGAGGAGAAGGUCCCCUGGGAGGUCAGCUUCAGCUCCUCUACAACCCGCCGCACUACUCCUGUCCCACUACAGGGGGCAGCACACAGGGGUAUGUCCUCUCCUGCACUACACCUGUCCCACCACAGGGGGCUGCAAACAGGGGUAUGUCCUCUCUCCUGCCCUACACCUGUCCCACCACAGGGGGCAGAACACAGGGGUAUGUCCUCUCUCCUGCCCUACACCUGUCCCACCACAGGGGGCUGCAAACAGGGACCAGAAGAGAAGGCUGACGUCCACAGGAACCCUGGAGGGAGGACGGGGCUCAGGGGACGGGGAAAGCUGCCGCACCUGGGACCCAACCGCAGCAUGGACCUCAUCAUCACACGAUGGAGAGACAGCGCCUGCUCAGAACUGGAGUUCCUGGUGCAACAAGACCGGAAUCAGAAGUGCCUCACGUUCCCAGGGGGGCAUGUGGACGCUGACGGACGUCUCCCUCUGAGUUUGACCAAAACUCUGGGACCGAAAGUAUGUGAGAAGAUCAGCGAGCUAUUGUCUGAGAAGAGAGAGGUGCUGCAAGUGUAUGAGGGGUACGUGGACGACCCCCAGAACACGGACCAGGCCUGGCUGGAGACCUCAGUGCUGAACAUACAUCUGCACAUAGACUGCCCCCUGCUGGUCGACAUCAGCGCUGCGGUGACCCGGCUGCAUCAGUCUCUGCUCCGUCUGCAGUGGGUGGAGGUCAGUGGGAGGGCACGACUGAGGCAUGACCAGAAGGAGCGCCUCAAGAGGGUGGCCCAGCACCACUGCAGCAAGUUCUGA